AUGCCAAAAAUGAACACCAAAAUCACAAUCCUUUUCCUCUUCAUCAUCACUCUCUUCAUUCCCCACCUCUGUUUCUCUUCACAAACAGACACUCUCACACCCAACACAACCCUCCGAUACCCCGACUCACUCGUCUCCAGCCGCAACACCUUCAAGCUCGGCUUCUUCACACCCGAAAACACCACUAACCGUUACCUAGUCGUUUUCUACGCUUUCUCCCCAAAAACCGCCGUAUGGGUCGCGAACCGAGACCAACCCCUCCACGACACCUCCGGCUCCCUCACCUUCUCCGAAAACGGCAACCUCGUUCUUCUCGACUCCCGAGGUCAAACCGUAUGGUCAACAAACGUCACCUCCCGAGCCAACACCACUCUCCGCAUUCUCGACACCGGAAACCUCGUCCUCCGGGAAGGAGCCUCCACCCUAUGGGAAUCCUUUUCCCGGCCGACCGACGUCUUCCUCCCCACCAUGAGAAUAGUCGACGACCCGAGCACGGGCCGCAAGGUCGUCGUCUCGUCUUGGAAGAACAGGUCGGACCCGGGCACGGGCCUCUUCACGGCGGGCCUCGAGGCCCGACCCAUACCCCAGAUCGUGACGUGGAGGGAAGACGGGCGGCCCUACUGGCGGAGCGGGCCGCUCGUGCAAACGCUGUGGAACGACGGGACGGGGAGAUGGGACGUGACGUGGUCGGCCCCGCAGAACGAGUGCGACAUGUACGGGGCGUGUGGGCCCCACGGGAGCUGCGACUCGAGGAGUUCGCCCGUUUGUUCGUGUCUGAGAGGGUUUGAGCCGGCGGAUGCGGACGAGUGGGCGCGCGGGAAUUGGACGGGCGGGUGCCGGAGGAGAAUGGCACUAGCGUGUAGUAAUGGAGGGGAAGAUGGUUUCUUGAGGUUGCGGUUUAUGAAGGUGCCGGAUUUUGUCGAGCUGUUUCCGUCCAGGGACGAGGAGGAUUGCAGGAGGAGGUGUUUGGGGAACUGCACGUGCGUUGCGUACGCGUACGAUUCGAGUAUCGGGUGCAUGUUUUGGAGGGACAGUUUGAUCGAUGUGCAGGCGUUCGAUGGUGUUGGUGCCGAUCUUUACAUUCGUCUACCGGCUUCCGUUUUAGUUGUGGCUUUUGCCUCCUUGUGUGUUGUAUUGGUCUUCAUUGCUUGGUGCUGCAUGGUUAGGGGAAAAGGGGAGAAAACGAGAAGCGUCAAAAGGGUAUUCGGGUCCGGGCGUAAAUACGCAGCCGAUUCGACUAAACUUAUACUCAAGGAUGAAUUAGAGAAAGUCAACAUUGAAGAGCUGCCUUUGUUCACUUUCGACACUCUUGCAAAUGCAACCGAUGGGUUUAACGAAAACAAUCUUCUAGGGAAAGGUGGUUUUGGUCCUGUUUACAAGAGACUCUCGGCAGCAUCAGGACAGGGAAUGGAAGAAUUCAUGAAUGAAGUGAUUGUGAUCUCAAAGCUUCAACACAGAAACCUCGUCCGCUUGUUAGGUUGCUGUGUGGAAAGAUAUGAGAAGAUGCUCGUUUAUGAAUACAUGCCGAAUAAAAGCUUGGAUUUUUGUCUCUUCGAUCCUACGCAUGCGUCUCGAAAGGUUUUAGAUUGGAAGAAGCGUUUUAGUGUUAUGGAAGGCAUCGGGAGGGGCCUCUUAUAUCUUCAUAGAGACUCUAGGCUUAAGAUAAUCCACCGAGACCUAAAACCGAGCAAUGUGUUGCUCGACGAGGAAUGGAACCCGAAAAUAUCGGAUUUUGGCAUGGCUAGAAUAUUCGGAGGCAAUCAAGAUCAUGGAAAUACCGCAAGAGUAGUCGGAACAUAUGGAUAUAUGGCGCCUGAAUACGCAAUGGAAGGCCGAUUUUCAGAAAAAUCGGAUGUCUAUAGCUAUGGAGUGCUCAUGCUAGAGAUCAUAAAUGGCAAAAAGAACACGCGUUAUUACAAUCGAGAAUGGUCUUUGAGCCUUAUAGGAACCGCGUGGAAAAUGUGGAACGAACAAAAUGGGUUGGCGUUUGUGGACGACAUCAUCAUAGCCAGCUCGGAUUUCGGGUCGGAUAUUGUGAGGUGCAUUCAGAUUGCGCUUUUGUGCGUGCAAGAAUUUCCUGUGGACAGGCCCACAAUACAAACUGUGGUCUCCAUGCUCAAGCGUGAGAUCGUGGACUUGCCAGUGCCCGAGCAGCCUGUGUUUGCUGAGAAAUGGCACGGUCCACACGGGCCCACGAGCCAAUCCGGAUACUCGGUUAACGAGCUCACUCUAACCUUAACUUUGGCUCUCAACUUGUCUUGCCUUUCCUUAUCUCUUCUUUUACUGGUUUCAACCAUUUUUACCUGUAAAACAAGCUUCUGGCUCGAUAAUGGUAGCUCAAGGAGGAGCUUCCUGCAGCUAUCUCAUCCUCAGGAGCGAAAACCAAUCAUGAUACGGGCUAAAAACCCCAUCCCUCUACUCCAAAUCGCCGCCGUAUUUUUCUAUCUCUUGCUCCCUAGUUUCAGCUCGGCGCAGCGCAACCCGUGCGAUUCGUACGGCGUGUGCGGCGCCUUCGGUAUCUGCAACUCGCAGAGCUCCCCAAUCUGCUCGUGCCUGCAAGGGUUCUACCCGCGGAUCCGGUCGGAGUGGGAUUCGGGUAAUUGGACCAGCGGGUGCGUUAGACGGGUUCCGUUGAACUGUAACGGCACGGCCGACGGCGGCACGGUGGACGGGUUUCUGAGGAUCCCGAGGAUGAAGAUGUCCGGCUACUCGGACCGGUGGUCGGGGACGGAGGACCAGUGCAUGGGUCGGUGCUUGAGUAAUUGCUCGUGUUUAGCGUUCGGGUUUGAUGUUGGGAUUAGGUGUAUGUUCUGGAGAACCGGGACUUUGGUCGAUAUCCAGCAGUUCCCGAGCGGGUCGGCCGGAUCGGAUCUUCACAUUCGCCUCGCAGAUUCUGAAUUAGGUGGUAAAAAGGACAAUAAGAAGACUGUAAUAAUAGUGGUUGUGGUUGUGAUUGGCAUUGUUGUGGUAUCUGUAUGCCUGUUUUUUACUUGGAAAUGGAGAGCUAAACGUAGAGGCCAAAGAAGAGCAGGUGAACUUGCAGGGGCAGGUGAAUCCGGUUCACUCGAUUACACUCUCCAGGACGCGAUGCACCAAGUCAAUCUUGAAGAGUUACCGUUGUUCAAAUUCGAAACACUCGCAAUUGCAACCAAUUACUUCUCAGAAGCUAACAAGCUGGGGAAAGGUGGUUUUGGCCACGUUUACAGAGGAGAACUGCCUAAUGGCAGAGAAAUUGCAGUUAAGCGGCUCUCGAAAGCAUCCGGACAGGGGAUUCAAGAAUUCAUGAACGAGAUCGGGCUUAUUUCCAAACUGCAGCAUAGGAAUCUUGUGAGGCUACUUGGGGGCUGCAUCGAGAAUAAAGAGACGAUGCUGAUAUAUGAGUACUUGCCUAACAGAAGCUUGGACAUUUUCCUAUUUGACCCAUCAAGAAAUAUCCUGGAUUGGAGAAUGCGAUUCAACAUUAUCGAGGGUAUUUGUCGGGGCCUUCUUUAUCUUCACAGGGAUUCCAGAUUGAAGAUAAUCCAUAGAGAUCUCAAGCCUAGUAAUAUAUUGUUAGAUCAUGAUUUGAACCCAAAGAUUUCAGAUUUUGGCAUGGCUAGAAUAUACGGAACCAAGCAAGAUCACGUCAGCACUGUAAGAGUGGUUGGAACCUAUGGAUACAUGGCUCCUGAGUAUGCAAUGGAAGGAAGAUUUUCAGAAAAAUCAGAUGUUUUCAGCUUAGGAGUUCUGAUAAUAGAGAUUAUCACUGGGAGACGAAAUACGAGUCUCCUCAGUCAAGAGGGCUCUUUGAACCUUUUGGGACAUGUGUGGAAAUUGUGGAAUGAAGACAAUGUUGCAACUUUAGUAGAUCGUAGAAUAUAUAACACUAAGUACCAUUCAGAGAUUGUGAGAUGCAUUCACAUAGGGCUAUUGUGCACUCAAGAAUCUUCUAAAGACAGGCCAUCUGUUUCGGCAGUUCUCUCAAUGCUAAUCAGCGAGACUAUGGAGCUUCCCGAGCCGAAGCACCCAGCUUUUAGCGUGAAGUCGAGCCGUACAGAAUCGGGCGCUAGCUCUUCUCAACAGAGCCAACAGACGAGUAGCUCUGUGAAUAAUAUUUCAGUAACCAUGUUGCUCUCAACAUCAGUUGCACACUUCAGACUUCUGUAUUUCCAUUCUGAUGCAAUUCUAAUCCUCACUACUACCCCAAAUCCGAUUUUAGUUGGUAAAUAA